AUGAUAUGGUUUGGACUAUCGUCUAACUCUUUAACAGGUUGGGAAAGUAAAAUGCUCAAAUUAAAGAAAGCAAUUAUAGAUAAAAAAAUAACGAGAUUCAACAUGAAUUCCUUUUUGUUUCUUGUGUGUGUGGUACCCAUGGUAUUUGCUGGUAUGUUGGGCGAAGACAACAUGGGCUCAUGGGAGAAAAAAGAAGGGGGCAUGAUGAGCGAAUAUGAAAAAUGGCAGAUGAAAGACAAGAAAGAUCAAAUGAUGUAUCUACAUAAAUUCCAAGAGUUCCUCCUUUUCAAAGACAAGCUCCAGAAAAUGAAAGAAAUGGAACACAAGAAGAAUGUUUUUGAAGAAUUCAUGAAAUGGAAAAUGAACAAGAUGGGAGAAAAGAAGAGUGAAGAACAAGACGAUGGCAUGAAAAAGGAAGAAUCCGGCGAUUUUGGAGUUGUACUAAAAAAGAUGGCAUCCGACGCUCACAAAAACGCCAUGAUGAUUACGCAUGCCUUCCUUGCAUUAUGUAAAUGCCAGAAUGAAAUGGGUAUUGAGAAGAUGUUUGAUAAUAAAGAUGACAAGGGCAGUAAAGAUAGCACGAUGGGUGAUAUGUUUGAGGGUGAUAUGCCUGACUUCAUGGGUAACAUGACUGCCAAAGCCGAGUUCUUGAAAAAUUUGUCUAAAGUAGAACAGAAAAAGAUGUUCGGCUAUGGUCUUGUUAAAUCUAUGUGUAAUGGAGCUAAAACCUUCAUUGUACAUGCUAAAGAAUUCGAAGAAACCUACAUGAAAAACUAAGGACAACAUUAAGGAAGCAGAUUUUGGAGAACCUUCUGAUGGUCAGUUUUUCUAAAUAAAGUUGUUAACAAC